UACUCUUUUCUUUUUUAAAUCUCUUAAGAGAUGAGGGCCCUGAGUAUGGCACAGUGGCUGAGCAAUGAUAUGGAAAUGGACGAAGAGUGCUCAGAAGAAGAAGAAGUAGUAGAAAAAGAAGAAGAAGAAGAAGAAUUUUCACUUAAGCAGCCACCCAGAGACCCUUUGCUGCAGUUGAUCUCCCUCCAGAAGGCGUCUGGCUGCUGGGAGCUGGAUUCAGCUCUGGCUGCUGCACUGGGAAAAACCAGCAAGGAGGUGGAAAAGCCAAAGCCUGCAUCGGUGAACCAGGAAGUGUGGGCCACCAUUCUGGCUCUGAUCUGGCUUCAUGGUUCCAAGAUGGAUGCUAAGGAUGAGUGGGAGCUUCUGGCCAUGAAGGCUGUGUCAUGGCUCCGUGCUCAGAAUGUACCAAGUGUGACAGAGUGUGUGGAAGCUGGAAAUACUCUGUUGGGUUUCAACGUGAAGAAAGACGCCCUGGGACUCUGAAGUUUAAAUGUGCUUUAGAAACACUAAAUUACAGAUUAAUCCUUGAGCUGUCAGCAUACAUUUCAGGCCAUAUUGUACCAAGUUUAAGAACUGCCUGAUUUAACCGUGAUGUUUUUUGUGUUUUCCUUUUUAAACAUUGUACAUUUUGUAAUGUUA